AUGGUGGGGGCCGUGCGCGUGGGGUACGCGCUCCUCAUCGGCCUGUGCCUGUUUGGUGGGACAAGAGCGAGUGAUGCGAAAGAGGAAAAGAGUAGCGAUGUGCUGCGCCGCGUUUUAGCGCGCCUCGAACGCGAACGGACAGAGUUACAGGGGUAUAUUACCGGAAACACGACCGAGCAAGGGAACUGGACCGUGACGCGCGACCCGAAAGGCAUCGAUGACGACGUCAAAAAGGUAUUCAGUCCGAGUGCCGAGGCACACACGUACUACCGCAACAUGACGGGCUUCUUUGACGGAAAUUUCACGGCGAAACCGCUUGGGCACGCCAAGAACGAAAGCGAGCGUGGCGCGCUGGACUGGUUCGGGGCCAAGACGCGGAUGGAGAUGCAGAUCUCGUCGCGCCGCGUGCCCGAGGCAAAUGUGUCGCAGCUGUGGGGCGAAAUGGUCGUGACCAUGCCCCACAAUCAUACCCAUGCCAAUGCCGCGACGGAGCUCGACGUGAGCGGUGUCCACGCAUUUGACGACGGACACGUCUACUUGGUCGGCGUGCCGCGCACCUCGCCAGAAGACCUGGACGUGCGGCGCAUCUUUGGCAUGCUGCCGGACGACGCGGCGCUGCGCAACGGCUCGUACGCUGCCGUACUGCAGGAUAUCGAGAGCCGCCGCAAGCGUGUGCAGGCCCUGCUUGACGAAAACAAACCGCUGCCCGAGACCAGCACGGGAAGCCUCGUGCCGACUAACUGCUCGCUGCACAUCUACGGCCAGCUGCAGCCGGUGGGGCCGCCGUCGUCCGAGGGCGAUAUGCACCUGAUUGAGCGCGAGCUCGAGCAUCCAUCGGGCGUGUGGACGCGUCGUCCCCCGCUGCUUGCACUACAGGUCGUUGCGUACUCGCCGCAGUGCGCCAUGGAACUCGAGUCGAGCGUCCUGCAGGGCAUUCCCAUGCGCCAGUUUUGGGCUGACACGCGCUUCUACAUGACCGGUAUGAUUGCCGUGCUCCUCGUACAGCUCGUACUUAUGAUGCGCCUCGGCGAGCGCGCGCAGACGCCAAGCGCGAUCGCCAAGAUCUCGGGCGUGACGUUCUUUCUGCAGACCAUGUACGACGCGCACGUCUGCCUGAUGCAUCUCAUUGUCGGCGUGAUGCUCGAGGCUCCGCUCAAUCUCUUCAUGUUUGGCAUUGCGUUCCUCUCUGGCAUUCUAUUUAUGGCGUACGAGUACCCUCUUGUGGUCAUUGUCAUGCGCCAGAGCGUGCAGACGCGACCGACGCCGGCGCCGGCGCCGGCGCCGGCAGCCGACGAGCAGGGCGAGGACGAGUCGCUGUGGGCACAGCGCUUCACGGCGCUCCGCGAGACAGUGACCGAGUCCGCGCACGAAAUGCCGCGCAUGUCAAUCUCGCUUGUGCUCUCGAUGAUCGCGUUUAUUAUCUCGAUCGUGAUGCCCAAGCUCCUGGCGUACAUGCUCGUGCCCCUCCUCUUUUCGUUCUGGGUGCCGCAGAUCAUGCAAAACUACCACACACGCUCGGUGGGCAUCCCGGCCGGGACGGUCGUUGGCAUGACCCUCACGCGCUUCUACCUCCCUUUGUACCUCUUUCAGUACUCGCACAACCUGCUCUUUUUCGAGCCGACGCAGCUCGUGUGGAUCCCCAUUGCGUGGCUCGUGGUGCAGAUGCUCGUGCUCGUCGGCCAGGACUGCCUGGGCCCUCUUUUCUUUGUGCCAGUGGCAUGGAGAGAAAGCGAACAGCACUGGAACUGGCAUCCUGCACCCGAGGCCCUCGCCGAGCUCUUGGAAAGCUCGGACGACGUCGAGGGGCACAUUGACCCGGCGGAUGUACCGCUGGGCGACUGCCCCGUCUGUCUCUCGGAGAACACAUGGGAAUGCGAUGCGUACGAAGACCAUGCAGAGCACGAGCACCUCUUGUCCAGCACGCAGAAACCCACCUCGCGCGUCUGGGCACACACGCUGCUGGCGCACGUCGCGCCUCACUGGCUGGCCGACCCAUCGCCGCGGCCGAACGUCAUGGUCACGCCGUGCAAGCACAUCUUUCAUACCAAGUGCCUAGAAGAGCGCAUUGGGCCAGGGCGUGUGCGCCUGCCUCUAUCCGGCAAAAAUACGAUCGCGUCGCACCUGGCCGAGGUACAGCCGGUGCAGGUCGUGAUCGGAGGCCUAGUGGCCACGCUGUUUCUGCACUUUGGUCUGCUGACCGAUCUUGAUGGAUACCUGCAUAUGCGGCGCGCACGCGGGCACGUCGCGUACUGGACGCUAGUCCUGCAUGCGCUGUACGAUGCAUUGGUCGGCAUCGCGCUGCUGUGCGCUGCGGCCACCGCGCCGCUCCCUCUUGCGGCGUACGGCACGAUCGCCGGUGCGAUCUCGCUUGUGUACUUUGUGAUGCAGGACUCGCAGCUCUACAACCCCAUGUUUCGUCCUCCGAUCUGGGCCGCACCGACGGCGCCCCCGCGCACGAUCCGCCCCUUGCGGAGUGUGCACGACCUUCCGCACUGCGCAGUGGACUCACUUUACGCGCUGGCCGAGUCGCGCUCGCCCGCGACGGUGUACCAUGCGCUGCUCGGCGUACUUGUUCUCAACGUCUCUUUUCUCCCCAUUCUAUGCUCUUUUUGGCUCCCACAGAUCGUGCACAAUGCACGGCGAGGCGAGGUCGGACUCCCAUUGCACACCGUGCUUGGCAUGUCGCUCACACGCGCCUACCUGCCGUUUGUAGUACUGACCUAUCCCGGGCACCUGCUCUUUCGCCACGAAAAGAUCUUGGCCAAGCUGAUGCUCGGGUGGAUCGGCGUGCAGGUCGCCAUCCUCCUGCUCCAAUACGUCAUGGGCCCUUACCCCCUUCCAACCCCGUCGGCGCCGGCGUGGAACUGGCACCCGUCGUGGCACGACUUGCGCGUAGCAUUGGCCCAGGACCAGCAUGCGGUGCUCGGCGACUGCCCCAUCUGCCUCGUGCCCGUGCACGAGGCGCCGAAGCAAGCGUCGCGCGCCAUGAUCGCCCUCUCACGUACCACCAACCGGCACGCGAUUCUGACGCCGUGCUGCCAUGUCUUUCACACGGCGUGCCUGCUGCCAUGGAUGCGCGUCCGCCGCGUGUGUCCGACGUGUCGACUCGAUCUCCCCGUUUACGAAGAAUCAGUAUAG